UCCUAAUGAACAAAAUAAUGUGUUCUACCCGAAUCUGUGUUCUGACUUUGUUCCAUUCAUUCUCUCCAUAAACCAAUCCACAAUUUCAACAAUUCUCUUUAUUAAUUUCUUCAUUCAUCAAUCAACACAAAAGUCUAUAAUGGGUUACUUCAAUUUUUCUUGCAAAGCUGAAUCUUCAAUCUCAACCUCCAAUUCUGUAUCAUCACCUCCAAAACCAAACAAAGAAAAACCUAUCAAGAUCCAACACUUUCACUACAGUGACCUUGAAGCUGCAACCAAUGGUUUCUCAGACAACAAACUUCUUGGCAAAGGAAGCCAUGGUUAUGUCUACAAAGCAAUUCUCCGUGGUAAGCCUGUAGCUGUGAAAAGACCAUCUAGACCUCACUCUCUUAACCAUCCUAACAGACCCAUCUCAGCGUCUUCACCUGAAAUCACUAAUGAAGUUGAUAACGAAAUCGAUAUCUUGUCCAAAAUUCAAAGCCCCAGGUUGGUUAAUCUUGUUGGCUUCACCAAUGAUUCAAAAGAUAGGCUUUUGGUUGUUGAGUUUAUGAGCAAUGGUACACUUUUUGAUGUUCUUCAUUCUUCUUCUAGAACGCUUAAUUGGGGUAAAAGAAUUCGUUUGGCUUUGCAGACUGCUAAAGCUAUUGAUGUACUUCAUUCAUCAAACCCGCCUGUGAUUCAUAGAGAUAUUAAAUCUGCUAAUGUUCUUAUUGAUCAGAAUUAUAAUGCUAGGUUAGGUGAUUUUGGUUUAGCACUCAGGGGUUUUGAUAGGAUAAGGUCAACUCCACCGGCGGGUACUAUGGGGUAUCUUGAUCCUUUUUAUGUAACACCUGAUAAUUUGAGUACUAAGAUUGAUGUUUUUAGUUUUGGGAUUUUGUUGUUGGAGAUUAUAAGUGGAAGGAAAGCAAUUGAUGUUGCGUAUUCGCCGCCAUCGGUUGUGGAUUGGGCUAUUCCGCUUAUUAAGAAAGGGAAGUUUUUUAGUGUUUAUGAUCCUAGAAUAGCAGCUCCUCAGGAUCCUGUUGUGAGGAAACAAUUGGUUUUGAUUGCGGCGAAAUGUGUUAGGUCUUGUCGGGAAAGAAGGCCUUCUAUGAAUGAGGUUGUUAAUUGGCUUUGUGGGUUGUGUAAAUUGGUUCCAAAUCAUUCAUGGAGUGGUUUCAAUAAUCCUUGUAUGAUGGUUGAAACUGUUGCACGGCCAGUUGAACCGAGAAACGGCCAGGUCAGUUCGAGGUUUGCAGAAGACGGGAAUUUUAAUGGUUUGGAUGCUAGAUUGUCGAAGUCUGCAUUGAGAUAUUCGAGGAGAGUGUAUUCUGAUUUAGGGAUCAGCAGUAACUUGAUGGAUCUAAUGGCUACGACCGAAGAUGCAGAGUUUCAAAGAGACAGUGCCGGCGUUGUUGAGCAUAGUUCUAAAUCAGCUGAACAAGUUUCUAGUUCAAGAUUUGGUAGUGGGAGAUAUUUCACAAGAGGAAAAAAUUUAUACAGGCCUUGUGGUACUGAAAAGGAUGCUUAUGGUUUGAGUAAAAGCCAUAUUGUUGAGGAGAAUUCUUCAAAACUAGAUGAGGUUUCUGGGUCAGCUUUGAAUUCUCUUGCAACUGAGGCCAUCUAAUUAUUUGCAUAAACAUUAUGUUUGGAGUGAUGCUUAGACUUGAAAGCUAUGCAGCACUGACAUUUUAGAUUGAAGGCGUGUCCGGUGUUUGACACUAACAUCAUUGUGUGUGUCUGUGUUGUGUCAGGUAUCUAUGCAGUGCUUCAUAGCUUAUAAGCAUUUCUUGCUUGCAAAUUAUAGAGGUGUAAAUUUGUUGCGAGUUCAUUAUUUGUGGAUUUUAGAAUUGACAUGUUUAUUUAGUGAUAGGUAUUUGGAUUGAAGGGCACAUUACUGAUGUCCCCUUAAAACUGUUCAAAAGUCUUUGUCAAAGGUUUGUUUACAUCUUCUUCACCUCAAUAACAAAUUCAAAAGCCAAACGUAUGAUUCAAGAACACAUUCUGCUGUUAUCUUACCCAUACAUGAAGCUGAUGCUGAAAAUUGUAAAGAUUUUUCAAUUGCCUGAGAGCUGAUCAAUCUGUUUGUAUGUAACUCAAAUAAAUGUUCAAUACAAUUGCACUGCCUUGGUCCUUUUUGUUAUUGGGAAUUCAA